GUACGUUUGAAUUAUUUGUUAGUGAAGCUAAUAAUUUAUUAGAACCAAGGCAAAUCAAAACAGAUUCAUUAAAAAAUAUCGAUAAUACAAAGAAAUUAAUCUGGUCGUUAGCAAUAUCAAAUCCAAUAGUUAACGACAAAGAUGAUGAUUUUGAGAAUGAAAUUUUAGUAGCAUUAUCAUGUUUUCAUGAACAUGAAAUUAUGUUAAAUACUCAAGAGCUUUCUUCCAAUAACAACAGCAAUAACAAUAAAAACAUUGACCUUAAUGUUAGUAACAGUUUCUCACCAAUAUCUUCUACUAAUUCAAUGUCUCCAUUAAAAGAAAAUCAAGAUGGUAAUACUUUUGAUGAAGAGAAGGGUAUCAAUAGAAUAGUCAGUUCUUCAAAAUCAUCAACUUGGAUUAUUUCUACUUGGCAUGAAGCAAGAAUUUCUACUUCAAUUGAUAAUAUUGGAGACAAUUUAUCAAUAAAUAAAUCAACAAAUUUUUGGUGGCCAGAAUAUUUAACUUUACUUUUCAAUCAGUCUGACUCAUACCAAGAAUUUGAUUUCCCAUCAAAAAUUCAGGCAGAAAUAAAAAAACUUUACCAAAACACUUCAUGUCUAGAACUAUUGACACGCAAUAUAGAAAAUGACUUUCUUCUGGUGGAAGAUUAUAAAGAUCGUGUACAAGUAUUGGAAAUGUAUAAUCUGAAGACUAAUGAAUUGGAAAUGGUUUUUCAUCAGAAAGAAGAACACAAUUCUUUCGAUUUAAAUAACAAUUAUUUUAGUUAUGGAAAUCCUUCGAUUGCGAUCUCAAAAUAUAAAUCAUUGUUGGCUUAUUGUCGAGGGAUCAAUAGUAUAACAAUAUACCUGAUGGAAAAUAGUUUAGACGUUGUCACAAAAAAUUUUUUGAAUAUAGAAAGAAUUCUAACAAUUGAUUUUAUUAACGAGGAUGAAUCUUUAUUAAUCAUUGCAAUAGAAAAAGAUAAUCUAGAUCCUAUUAUUAUCAUAUGGGAUUUAUUUAAUUAUAUGAAUGAUUCAAUACGUAUCAUUAAAGAUUUUAAUAAAAUAUUCUCUAUUAAUGACAAUGAUAAUCAUUACAAGUUUAUUCGUUCAUGUGGCACAAUAUUAUUAUUUAAUGAAAAUACUGGUAUGAUAAACUCAAUCUUGGAAAAUCCCACAAUAAAAUCAAUCAUUUCUCCUUCAACAUCUUCUUCAUUCACUAUACCUACACAAUAUAAUUUAUCAUCUUCAUCAUUAAUUAAUUUAUCAUCAAUAGUUAGUCAAUUUGAAUAUAAUCAUUUAAUAUUUUAUCAGAAUGGAAAAUAUUAUAACGCCGAGAAAUUAAAAGAUGAAUUAAUAGUAAACAAUAAAGAACCUUGGAUUCAUAAUAAUAAUUAUAAUAGAAUUUCUGCUUUCCUUAACAAAGAAAAAUCUUUACAGCUAAUAAUUGGUGAAUCUACAAUCCAAAUUUGGUAUAGAAACAAAACAACAAAUAAGAGUAAACUGAAAUAUAUUUGGUCAAGUAAAAACAAAAGUAAAAAAAAAUUUUUUAUAGAAAAUUUUUUACUAGGUGAAAAAGAAUUCAAACUCUCAUUAACAAUUACACCUACCAUUGCCACUGCUACCACUUAUCAUCAUAAUCAAAAUUAUUCUUCGCUGGCUUUGAGGAAAAAAAUUAAUGAUGAUAUUGUAGACAUUCAUUGGCCUUACAAUAAUGUCAAUCUAAUUAAAGAUGCUUGUGAAUCUUUGGGUUAUUUGUAUCAUCUGAAAGACGACCCAGCUGGUCCAAAAAAACAACAAGAAUAUGAAGAUUUGAUUUUACAAAUUGAGAAAAUUAUAAUCAAAUUCAUUGAAAAAUAUCCGAUUAAUUGGAGAUUGAUUAAUAUCAGAUACAAUCUGAUGAAAUAUCUGAUCAAAAAAAUUGCAAUCAAAUCAAUUGGCGAAAAUAAUAAGAAGACCACUGAUAUCAUCAUAAUUAAUUAUUUUUUGGAUUAUUAUACUGAUAAUGCAAUGGAUAAUACUGGAUGGAUGUUUACUGUCAGCAAAGCAAUUCCAUUAUUAUUUGAAUACAGAUUAGAUACAUACGUGAAAGAUUUAUUUUGUAAACCAUGUUUUGGUGCAAAAGAUAUCCAUCUCGAUGAGUCUUCAUUAAAUCCUGAUGAUAUACCAAAAGGUAAAUCAAAAUAUAUCAGAGCUUUUAGUCCAAACCUGGAACUGCCAUGUAAAAACAACUCCUCGAUUUAUGGUUUAUCAUUAUUUCGUCCAAUAAAAAAUAUAAUUAGUUUAUCAACAAGCAUAACACACAAUAAUCAGUUGGCCAAUUUACAAAAAGUUAUACCAGGAUUUUAUCGUACCAAUUCAUCAUCAUUGAUCUCUCUAAAACUAGUUCCACUACCAGAUUUCACAGUUUUUCCUAAAGAAACAAAACUACAAAUAAUAAACUACCGAAAAUUACCAUUAAAACUAUUGAAAUUAUUGAUCUGGCCGCGUGGUUAUGUCAUCAAAAAAGAAUCAAACUUGUCACCAUUUUUACGAGCAGUUAAACAUGAUAAACAUGGUUUAAUCUAUGACAAUCCAUCAAUCGAAGCAGUAAUUGAUUUCAAAUGGUCAUCUGCACGUAAUCAUUUCUUGAGACAUACAGCACUAUAUUUCAUUUUUGCUUUGUUGUUUGGAUUGUUAACUGGGGCUGUUAAAAAUGACAGUUUGAUCUAUAAUGGCAAUGCGAAUAUAGGCGAAAAAAUUAUUACAUUUUCAAUGUCAUCUUUGUUUUACUAUUUAGGGUAUUAUAUAUUAGCAUCAGAAAUUAUACAACUGUUUCAUGAGGGAUUCCGUCGAUAUAUCAGUGUUUAUAAUUUCUUUGAUCUGGCUUCGGUUGUUAUGCCUUUAGUCACAUAUACUUGUAUUAAAUUAAUAAAAUCAAAUGAGCAGAGUUUAACUCAACGAUUAACAAUUGCUAUAGCAUUCACUGUUUUAGUUAUGUGGAUUGAAUUGUUUUUACUUUUAAGAUUCUUUUCAGGGCCUGGAAAUUAUAUUUAUAUAGUUGUAAAUAUAAUGAAAAAUGUCUGGCCAUUUAUCUCAUUCAUGUUAAUUGUGGUAUUAGGAUUUGGACAUGCAAUGUACAUUCUACUAAAAUCACCUCAAGAAAUUGGUGUAGAACCUGAUGGUAAUCAAUAUCAUAUAAAAAGCACAGAUCCAAAUGUUAACUCACUUUAUAACAAUGUAUUGAUUGAACAAUCAUUUAAUCUGAGUAAUACAAAUGACAAUUCUUUCUCAAAUUUUGCUCAAUCGACUAAGGCUGUAUAUUUUUGGAUAAAUGGUAGAUGGGAUCAACUAGAACAAUGGGAUUUUUGGCCGGUUGAUGUUUUGUCUAUAUUGGCUAGUGUUUUGUUGGUUAUUGUUAUGCAAAAUAUGUUAAUCGCCUUUAUGACUGGAGUUUUUGAUGACGCAAAAGCAGAGAGUAGACAUGCUGUAUUGAAAUAUCGAGCAGAAUUAAUUGCAGAUUAUGAAACAUUGGAAAAUCCGUUCGGGUAUACAGAGAAGAAUCCACGACAUAUAUUUUAUAUUGGUAAUGCCAAUAAAUUUGCUGAAUGGUUAAGGAAAUGUGAAGAGUAUCGACGAUUAAGAAAUGAUACUACUGCUACCACAAAUUAUUCAUUGUCAGCUAAAGAAAGAAAGGGGUUAUGGAAAAGAUGGAUUAUUUAG